CCCAGCUUCCGGUUGCAGUGUAAAUGGAUCCAUGACACGGUUGCUUGGGUGGAAAAGCUAUUUCCUGCGAGGAACCACCGACGUCCUGGAAACUACCGACGCGGGGGUUCGACAGAGUUACGGUUGACGGCGCCGCGCAGAGCUGGCCGCGAUGGAGGCGGUCCCCCGCAUGCCGAUGAUCUGGCUGGACCUCAAGGAGGCAGGGGAGUUCCAGUUCAGCCCGGCCGUCAGGCAGUUCAUCUUAAAGAACUACGGAGAGAAUCCAGACAACUACAACGAACAGCUGAAGAAACUGGAGACGCUGCGGCAGAGCGCGGUGAACGUGACCAGGGAUUUCGAGGGAUGCAGCACACUGAGGAAGUACUUCGGCCAGCUGCAUUACCUCCAGAGCCGAGUGCCCAUGGGAUCGAGCCAGGAGGCCGCGGUGCCCAUCUCAUGGACUGAAAUUUUCUCCGGAAAAACAGUCACGCAUGAUGACAUCAGCUAUGAACAAGCCUGCAUCCUCUACAAUCUUGGGGCCCUGCACUCCAUGUUGGGAGCCAUGGAUAACAGGGUGUCGGAGGAGGGCAUGAAGGUGUCGUGCACGCACUUCCAGUGCUCUGCUGGAGCUUUCUCCUACCUGAGAGACCAUUUCAGCCACAACUUCAGUGUGGACAUGAGCCACCAGAUCCUUAACCUCAACAUCAACCUUAUGCUGGGCCAAGCUCAGGAAUGUCUUCUGGAGAAAUCCAUGUUGGACAACAGGAAGAGUUUCCUGGUUGCUCGCAUCAGCGCUCAGGUGGUCGAUUACUACAAAGAGGCCUGCAGGGCUCUGGAGAACUCCGAGACGGCCUCCAUGCUGGGGAAGAUCCAGAAGGACUGGAAGAAGCUGGUUCAGAUGAAGAUCUACUACUUUGCUUCCAUUGCACACCUUCACAUGGGAAAACAGGCUGAGGAGCAGCAGAAGUACGGAGAGCGGUUGGCGUACCUGCAAAGCUCCAUGGAUAAACUCAGUGAAGCCAUCAAGCUGGCCAAGGGUCAACCGGACAGUGUGCAGGAGGCCUUGAGAUUCACCAUGGACGUGAUUGGUGGAAAGUUUAAUUCAGCCAAAAAGGACAAUGACUUCAUCUAUCAUGAGGCAGUUCCUUCUCUGGAAACUCUGGCCUCAGUCAAAGGUGCACCGCUGGUGAAAGCUCUACCAGUCAACCCCACUGACCCCAGUGUCACUGGACCAGACCUGUUUGCCAAGUUGGUGCCAAUGGCUGCACAUGAAGCGUCUUCUCUGUACAGUGAGGAGAAGGCCAAGCUGCUGAGGGACGUCAUGGUCAAGAUAGAGAGCAAGAAUGAAACACUAGAGCAGUUCAUGGACUCUCUGGGUUUGGAGCCAGAGUCAGUGGACAACCUGGACAUGUACAGUCACAUCCCUCCGGUCCUGAUGGAGAAAUGUGCCGCGCUCAGCGUCCGACCUGACACUGUCAAGAGCCUCAUCCAAUCCAUGCAGGUGCUCUCAGGCGUAUUCACUGAUGUGGAGUCUUCACUGAAAGAGAUCAGAGACGUCCUAGAGGGAGACGAGGCUAGUGAGCGAGCUCUCCAGGAGGCUGGCGGCCCAGCCGCAGGUGAUGUGCACCUGGCCGCGCAGGGCCAAGCUCUGGCCGAGAUCCGCCGGGACCUGGAGAAGUACAUGGAGGCCCACGAGAAGGCCAGUUUCACCAACACGGAGCUCCACCGAGCCAUGAACCUACACAUCAGCAACCUGCGUCUGCUGGGGGGGCCACUGGAAAGUCUGAGAGAAGCUUUGCCCCGACCACAGCUCAGUGAAGAGGAAGUCGCGGGGCUGCAGUGCAUGAAGCGCAUCCUGGGGAAGGUGCAGGAAAUGAGGGAACAGAGAAGCUCUUUGGAGAAACAGCUCCGCGACCUCAUCCAGCAGGACGACAUCACCUCCACCCUCGUCACCACAGAUAGGGCUGACAUGAAGCGUAUAUUUGAGGACCAGCUGAAGAAGUACGAGCAGGUGAAGGUUUACAUUGAGCAGAACCUGGCGGCUCAGGAGAACAUCCUGAAGGCCCUGACAGAGGCUAAUGUCCAGUACGCCUCAGUUCGCAAGGGCCUGAGCCAGACUGAGCAGCAGUGGAACAGCACUGUCCAGGGACUAGUGGGCUCGUACGAAGCCUACGAGGACCUGAUGAAGAAGUCACAGGAGGGUAAAGAGUUCUAUGACGACCUGGAGGCCAAAGCGUCCCGUUUGCUGGAGAGAGCAAAGGCCCUGUGUCAGACUAGGGCAGAGGAGAGGAAGCCCAUCCUGGAAAAAGAGACCCAGAAAAGGCCCCCAGCACGGCCUACCGCAGCUAAGCCUUCCCUGAAGCCAAAGGCUUCAGAUUCCGACUCUGCCUGCUCUAGCCUGGAGGACUCCGAGUUAGCCCAGCUAAGUGCAGCCAUCUUGGCCCUGGGGGGUGACCUACCUGAGGAGCUCCGCAGCCUGCCCCCUGACAUCCCUUCCCUCCCCACGACUCGUCUGCCUGGUCCUGAAGCCUUCAUCCCCCCUGGUGCUAACCUGGGUGGCAGCAGCUCUCUGCCUUGGCCUGGGGCUCCAACUGCUGGUCUUCCUCGAUUCCCUGCCAACCUGCCUCCUCCAGAACUUUUGGCACGGUUUGCUCAGUUUCCUACUUCAGGGGCUCUAGCGACACAGGGACCCCUGCCACGUGGACCCCUCCCUCAGAUGACUCCACAAAUGCCACCCCAGGCAACAGUGGCAGGUUAUCGGCCACCCCAUCCUCAACCUGGCCCUGUUGCCCCUACACCAGUCCGACCCUCGACCACCACUGUGGACAGCAUCCAGGCCCCUAUCCCCAGCUAUGCUCCUACACCACACCAGCCUGGUCCAUCUGCAACCUCCACUGGCUACACUGUGCCACCACAGAUGGGUGCCUAUCCCCAUUUUAUGCCCCAACAAGGGAUGCCCAUUCGAGGCCCAAGCCAAACUCAUGCACCCCAACCACAGCAGCAGUACCCCCAGUCCAUUGGGCAACCAAUGCCUCAGGGCUACCAACCUGGACCAAGGGCAAUUCCUGGUCCUCACCCUCUACAGACCCCACAAGCCUACCCACAUGGAUAUUUGCCCCCACAGCCUGGUGUCCCUCCCCAGUACCAGCAGGCAUUCCCAGGUCAGCUGCAGCCACAUCAACAUAAUGGCUAUCAGCCCCACCCUCAGAUACCCCAUGGCUAUCAGACUCCACAGGGCUUUGUGCCCCAGCAGCACCCUCAGAUGAUGCCUGGCUCCAUGCCAAGGCCACCUCAAACUGCACACCCACAAAUACCUGGAACUUCUCAGCCGGCACCCCCUGUGUCUCAGCCCUACCUGCCCCAUCCUAACCAACAGAUGCCCCAUGGACUCCCUCACCAACACAUGCUGCCACCACAGCAACAAAUCUCAAUGCCUCCCAAUGCCCAGCAGUUACCGCCCCACCCACAGACGCAGGUUUCAGGUGGACCCAGGGCACACAUGCCCUCCACAAGUCAGCCAAUGCCACAGGUCUCACAGAACUAUAUGCCCCCCAAUAGCCAACCUAUUCACCCUACAAUGCACCCACAGAUGCCUCCUGCCUCCCAACCUCAUAUGGUCCCUGGUCAUCAGGUCCACAUGUCAAGGGGCCCUAUGCCCCAAAUGCCCCCCAGUGCACUACCCCAACAGCAUCACCCCCACCCUGGACAGCCUCCUAUACCAAACAUGCCCCAGCAGCCUAUUCAGAUGCCCAGCCAACCCCAGGCUCGCCCCCCUCAUUCUGGUGGAGUGUGCUAUCCAGGAGGGGCUCCGAUGAUGCCUCAGCAGCCCCUGGCACCACAGCCUGCAGCUCCCCUACAACCUCAGGCCGCUCAUCCCAUGACCCAUCCUCAGCCUUCUACUAUGUACCCUUCAGCUCCAGGGCCUAAUGUACCUCCAAGUACGCCACAGCAACCCACUGCCAUGGCCCCACAUGUUCAGCAUGUUCCCUCAGCUCAGCACAUAAUCCAGCCCUCUCCUGGAGGUGCUUCAGUGGCUCAACCACCCAACACCGUCCCUCCUUCCCCUUCGCCCUCUCCAUCUCCCUCUCCAGGUCCAACCUCUCUGGGUCUGAACCCCCAGCAGAGACCCACACCAGUCCCCACCCCUGGAGGCAUAGCACCAUCCACUCUUCCCUCUCCCUCUACUGUCUCUCCCUCCACAUCGCUGUUUCAACGCCAGAACUCAAGCACAGAUGACCUCCUCUCCUCGAGCCCAGAGAGCCAACCUGGAGGCACCAAGGCCCCCACCAAUGUCCUCCAACCCACUAAAGCUGACCCGCAGGACGGUGAGCGUCGAAAGAAGAGCUCCCAGGGAGUUCUCCUGAUCCAGGGUGACCCAUACCAAGCUCCAGAGCGUGUCGCCCGACUUCAUAGUGAACUGGAACGCUAUAGAGCCCAAGUAGAUUCCCUGGAGCACCCCUCCGAGAUUGAGGGUGGCCUAUCUGUGCUGGACGCCCGUUGGAAAGAGCUCCAGGACCAGCAGGAGAAGGACGCCCGCCAGCUCUCCAUUGCCAUCGCCCGCUGCUACACCAUGAAGAAUCGUCACCAGGACGUCAUGCCCUAUGACCUAAACCGUGUGGUGCUGCAAUCAGGCAAAGAUGACUACAUCAACGCCAGCUAUGUGGAGGACUUGUCACCAUACUGCCCACGCCUUAUUGCCACACAAGCUCCCCUCACCGGCACAGCAGCAGACUUCUGGCUGAUGGUGUAUGAACAGAAGGUGUCACUGAUAGUCAUGCUGGUUUCAGAACAGGAGCUUGAAAAGGGAAAAGUUCUGCGCUACUUCCCAACGGAGCGGGGCCAGCAGCUCUCUCAGGGACCAAUCACACUCAGCCUCACCACGCAGAAGACGACACCGACACACGUGGAGCGCAUGAUCAGCCUGCAGUACCGCGACCAAAGCCUGAAGCGCACCGUCGUCCACCUCCAGUUCACCUCCUGGCCCGAGCUGGGUCUUCCUGACAGUAAGAGCAACCUGCUGCGAUUCAUCCAGGAGGUUCACGGACACUACCUCCACCAGAGGCCCUUACACAUACCUGUGGUGGUGCACUGCAGCUCGGGCGUCGGGCGCACCGGUGCCCUCUGUCUGCUCUACGCGGCGCUGCAGGAGCUGGAGGCGGGAAACGGGAUCCCGGACCUUCCACUGCUGGUGAAGAAGAUGAGACAGCAGAGGAAGAACAUGCUGCAGGAGAAGCUGCACCUGAAGUUCUGCUACGAGGCCGUGUUGAAGCACGCCGAGCACGUCCUUCAGCGCCAUGGCAUCACCACCGCCACCUGCAGCAAGAACACCAGCUCCGCGGCCACGAAGCCUUACUCCCGACAGGAGUCCCAGCAGGACAUCGUCCUCGGCGCCGACAUGCCCAUCAGCUCCAUCCAAGCCACCAUCGCCAAGCUCAGCAUACGGCCGCCCAGUGCCAGCGACCCGGCCAUGGACGCCGCGUGGGGCGUGGAGGAGCAGGUCGCCGCCGUCUCGCCGGACCUCGACUCUCUCGGCGACAUCCAGGACCCUGCUUUCCCCACAGACGCGCAGCCCCCUCCCUCCUUCAGCCCGCCCCUCUCCUCCCCUGCGCAAUCACCACCUCCGCCCCCGCCCAAUGGCCUGGAAGUCGCCCCCCCCUCCCCUCCGGAGGCUGCGCCCAGCGCCAGCCCGCCUCCUGCCUCGUCAUCUCUGCAGCUGCUGGCCUCGCUGACGCCCGAGGCCUUCUCCAUGGAGGGAGGGGGCCGGGGGAAGCAGCGGUUGACUAGGCAGAGCUUCCUGCAUCCGGCCGAGGGUCAGGGUCUACACGGAACUCCGCAGGACAAAGGCGACGACCCGCUCAGCAGCCUGGACCCGCUCUGGAGCCUCAACAAGCCCUGAGGCGAGACCGCGGAGCGCCGCCUUGCCCCCACUCGACCACCAGGCGUCACCAGAGGCCCGUGGCUCUUUUCUAAUCCUGCUUUAAAGACACGUGAGCAGCGUUGACGACCAAGAUGUGCCUGGUGGCAGACUGUCCAUCUGGGACCAGCUCACUAUGCACUUGUCUGUAUCCGUUCAUUCUGUCUGUCGCUCUUUUGCUGCUUUUCUUCAAACGUCUGUGACGGAUCGAACCUGCUCUGCACCAUGACCCAGCAUGCACUCCGCCAUCAGCCCCCGCGUUCGGCUCCUCCCCCUCUGCGACGAGAGGAACCCCUCCAGUUCAAUCAGUAGUCACGGUAACACAGAGCAAGUCUUAAUGAGUUGAUUCUUUUUGUCUUUGUAACACUUGUAAAUAACUGAAAUAAAUAAUUAGACUAUCCCCAAAACAGUCGUCCUGGAAAAAUGUCACUAAUCGUCAUUGUUUUAAAAAAAAGACAAGUGUUGUA